GUUCACGCAGACAAUGAUUUCACUCGACUGACGCCGUGACGCGUCGCUUUCGACUCGACUGGCCGGCAGGUCACAGAUACAUAAUACGAAAUGGAUCUCUCGAGGUUAGUUUAAUUUAGCUUCAAACUAUGAACACAUACGUUUUUGCAGCGUUGUUUUUAAUUUCUGCGCGACAAAUACAAACUUGGCCUGUCGAAAUUGUAUCUGUUCAGGAUUUUUUUGAAGACCAAGCAAUGAAUAUGAAAGCGUUUUUCGAGGAACAGAAAAACAAAGUGGAAAAGGCCUUCAAUUCGAGCUACGAAGAUGCCAUCCGAAUGAAGAAUUCAGUUACAAAUUAUGUUGAUGACAAACAAAGGAAGAUCAGUUCUGAUAUUAAUAACUAUGUGGAAAGUGUUAAAGAGACUGGAAGAAAAGUGACGGAUUCCUGGUCGUAUCUGCCGACCGAGGAGCCUGGAGCGGUGAUGCAGAAUCCAGAUAUGUUUUUGUCAGUGCCGGCAAUAAUUCUACGUCAAGGUUACACUUGUGAAACACAUACAGUUCUGUCUCAAGGCUAUUUGAUUAAUGUUCAUAGAAUACCAUAUCCAAGAGCUGGUGGAAAGAUUUCAAAGAAAACUAUAUUGUUGCAUCAUGGUCUCUUCGGCAGUUCUGCUGAUUGGAUAUUAAACGGACCAGGUAAAGCCCUGGGAUAUGUUUUAGCUGAUGCAGGAUAUGAUGUCUGGAUGUCCAAUAUAAGAGGGAAUAAAUAUGCGAAAGAACACGUGUCGUUAAAAAGUGAUUCAAAGUCAUUUUGGAAUUUCUCGUGGCAUGAUGUCGCCUUACACGAUGUUCCCGCUGUUAUUGAUCACAUCUUAAAAAUCAAAGGAAAUGCUGCUAUUACUUACAUUGGCCAUUCCAUGGGCACUUCUAUAUUAUUCGCAAUGUUGACGUUAAGACCAGAAUACAAUGAUAUAUUAAAGGCAGCUAUUGCUCUGGCUCCUGUUGCAUUCCUAUCCGAUAUAAAGUCUCCUAUAAAAUCCCUAGCGCCAAUAGCAAGUAAUGUGGCAUAUAUGGAGAUGUUAUACGGGUCGCAUGAGUUCAUUCCGAAGCAAUCAGUGUUGGGUAGAAUGGCGAACUCCUGUGACGCUGAUAGUAUGGAUUCUUUAGUUUGUAAAAAUGUUAUUUUCUAUAUUUGUGGCUACAAUGAGAAACAGUUUAAUAAGACUCUUUUACCAGUGUUCUUAUCAAAUCUGGGAACGGGAACUUCUUGGAAGACAGCUGUUCAUUUUGCUCAAGAGAUAAUGGCGAAUGGCAGCUUUCAACAAUUUGAUUACGGGUCAAAAGAUAACCAGAAGAUUUAUGGUACAGAAAAACCACCCAAAUACGAUCUUAGUAAAAUAACAUUACCAAUUACUUUAUUCUGGGCGGAAAAUGAUUUACUCUCAAGCGAGAAAGAUGUGAAACUUCUCUUCGAAAACCUGCCACCAGACUCACGACGUAUUUAUAAGGUGCCAGAUAAAGAUUUCAAUCAUUUAGAUUAUCUUUGGGCUAUCGAUGCCCCUAAAUUAAUAAAUGAGGAAGUUAUAAAUACUUUAAAAAAGGCUUACAGUGCGGUUUCAGCGUCACCGAGUUUAUGGGCGCAAAUACUAGGGAGUGGAAAAUGAGAAAAUACAUAACAACUAAUAGAGACUUUGUGAUAAUAGUUUGACAAGAACAAUUUUAAUGUAAGAGACAGAACAGUAAGCCGAGUCCAAAGCUAAUGCAAAUUCAAAGAUUUACCGUUUACCGCGACACAUGUUGCAAGAUUUAUGUCGGAAAAGAAGCCACUUGCAGCCAACGCAUCUGUUAGUUUUGAUAGUUAUAUUCAUACUAUAGUGUAUAUUAUUGAUAUUAUUUGAAUUGAUUGUUUAUUCAUUAUGUUUAAUUACGCGUACUGUUACGUUUUAUUUAAAAAAUUAUGUUCUAUUUUCCUUAACACAACGGUUCUGAUUGAACGAAGCUUAUAAGCAUUUUUUCAGAUUUUUUUUUAUAAACGUAAUUUUAAUUAAAAGUGACGCCGUUAAAGAUAAUAUUGCAAGAAACGGCAAGAGCUAGAAUGUUCUAUUUCUUGAAAACAAAUUGUUGUUGGUGGCUGAUUCAUAAUAAGUAAUUUGUAUUAUUAUAUUUUGUAAAUUUUCAAAUAUAGUUAAUUCAAGUAGGCACCUACAAGAACUUUUGAAUCCUCAUUUUACAUGAUAACACUAAAUUUAUAAUUACAACCGUUUCGAAACGUAGAUUCUACCGAGAAUAACCGGUACGGAUCUUUUUCUACAAUUAAAUUACAAAUUUAUGUUAUUUAAUUACAAUAAUUAAAAUAAUAUUUAAAAUGUUCUUGUCAUAAAAAAUCGUUACAGUUAUAAAACAAAGAUGACUGAAAAAUAUCUCAGUAUUUUUAUAUACCUACUCAUUAGUCUUGUUUUGUCUGCCUUAGAUUAUUAAUAAUAUUUUAAAUAUAUUGCGUUUCUGUUAGCUAGCUACUACGGGUAUUGCAUAAUAGUAUAAAGUACAGAUUUGUCAUUAUUGCACAAAUUUGAUAUAAAACAAUAAUUUUAAUUGAUACAAUUAUAUGCCUUAUUGUUUUGUUAACAAAGAUUAUUUUUAGUUGUAUAGUUAUUAAAUUCUCGUUGUACAAACCUACUACAAAAUAUUUUGUAACUUAUUAUUUUAUGUUAGUCCAGUGGAAAUAAUUGAGCCGAACAUUGCGGGUUCGAAUCUUUAUAAGAACAUUAAUUUUAUAUUAAUCGUUAGAAAAAGGUAUUUAACCCUUUAAGCUAAUAUGAACUAUGUUUAAUUUAAAAUUGUAAUUGUAAAUAAAUAAAUAUAAUUAAGUACACUUUAAAUAUGUAUAUAUAUCAUAUUAAAAUAUAUUUUUUCAAUCCAA